ACUCACAAUUGGAAAAGAGGACAAAAGAAGGAAGAAGGAGAAAGAUCAAGGGAGACCUACACCCACCCACACUCUUGACAUUAUCGAGAUUCUUGCUAAUAGGCAAUUUGCUUCCCCAUUAAAGGAGAUGAAGAUUCGUUACAUAAUCAUGUGGAAGAAGGUGCAGAGGCUUAGGAUUAAAUCUGCUAACCUCUCAGCAAGUAUAGCCAUGCUUCGGAGAGACUGCAUAGCUUCGGAUGAAAGGAUUAAGAAGCUGAGAAUGCUUGUAGCGGCUCUGAGGAAAGAAGCACAAUUUAAAGACGAAGUCCACAAGGCACAACAGGAAGAAUUAAAGCGCCUUAGGGAAAAAACUAUUCUUUCAGGGAACUAUCCUCCUUAUGGUAGGCGCUCCUCCCUCUGAACAACCUUUCAAUGGACAAAAUUGCCUCAACUCCAUGAACAUCAAUUAGCAGAAGUAGCUCAUAAUAGUAACAGUAAUUAAAUUAUGUGUGUGUGGUGAGACUUGUGAAGGGUAUAUUAUUAUGCUGUUCAGUGUUGUUUAUUUUCUCUACUUCUAGAUUGGAAGCACAACCUUUGAAGUUUUAUGUUUUAUAGCUUUUUGGAUGAAUGAAAGUAACAUCUUUCUAAGAAAUGAAUUAAAUUAACAUAAUCGGUACCCAACGUGAACAUUGGUCAACAAUAAUACCUGGGCAGGCAGCAAGCACC